UUUCAGCCAUUUAAAGUUUUGGCAACUGAAACUCUAAGUCGGAAAGCAUUAGAUGCGGAUAUAUAUAAUGCAAUUCCUACUGAAAAGGUGGAUGGAACCUGCUGUUAUGUAACUACUUACAAAGGGCAGCCGUACCUGUGGGCCCGGUUGGAUAGAAAACCUAACAAACAAGCAGAGAAAAGGUUUAAACGAUUCUUGUAUUCACUGGAAGAUAGCAAAGAAUUUGUUUGGAAUAUUGAAGAGGAUUUCAAGCCUGUUCCAGAUUGCUGGAUUCCAGCAAAGGAAAUAGAGUUCUGUAAUGGGAAUCCUUUGCCUGAUGAAAAUGGACAUAUGCCAGGUUGGGUGCCUGUGGAGAAGAAUAGUAAACAGUAUUGCUGGCACUCAUCUGUUAUAAAUUAUGAUGCUGAAAUAGCACUGGUUUUGAAGCACCAUGCUGACCCUGGACUUCUGGAAGUCAGUCCAGUGCCUUUAUCAGACCUUUUAGAACAUACACUGGAGCUUAUUGGAACUAAUAUUAAUGCAAAUCCAUAUGGAUUAGGAAGCAAGAAACAGCCUGUACACUUUCUUGUACCACAUGGAGCAUUUGAAAUUAAGAAUUCACCUGCCUUGAAACAAAAUGAUAUAUUGUCCUGGUUUGAAGGCUGCAGUGAGGGUAAAGUUGAAGGAAUUGUGUGGCAUUGCAACGACGGACGUUUAAUCAAGCUCCAUCGCCAUCAUCUUGGUUUACGCUGGCCAACUGCAGAGACGUAUCUGAAUUCUCAGCCCGUUGUCAUUUCCUUUAAUAGAACUAAAUAUGACUGCAACUUUGAACCAAAGAGUUUGUUUCACCAUUUUUCAAAGUUAGAUGGUCAAAGAUUUGACAGAUUAAAAGAUAUCAACUUCGAUGCUUGAAACAUUUUUCCGUCUUUUAAGUUCAUUGCCAUUUGUGCU